CCCUCAGUUUAGCCGCUUGGAAGAUGGCAGGCUGUAAGAGCAUGGAUUGUUGUUUGACUUGUCUCUCUCUAUUUAUGCUAUUUACGUUGUUAAUUCCUUCGAGCUGUUCAUCGGAUAAUGCAUUAAAUACCGUAAAUUCCGCGCCUAGAAAUGUGUCGGUAAAGGAAACUAUCCCUGACAUUGCAACUAAAAAUGAAACAGACAAAACUGAUUUAAAGACUGCAGAAUCUCUGCCAUUGAAAAGUACAAAUAACAUAGACAAAGAAAAGCCCUUAAAUGCAUCAACAUUGACCAGUGAAACGCAAAGCAUAAAACCUAAAGACACCAAGCCAGCAGCAUUGACCAGCGAAACUCAAAGCAUAAAACCUAAAGACACCAAGCCAGCAGCAUUGACCAGUGAAACUCAAAGCAUAAAACCUAAAGACGCCAAGCCAGCAGCAUUGACCAGUGAAACUCAAAGCAUAAAACCUAAAGACACCAAGCCAGCAGCAUUGACCAGCGAAACUCAAAGCAUAAAACCUAAAGACACCAAGCCAGCAGCAUUGACCAGUGAAACUCAAAGCAUAAAACCUAAAGACACCAAGCCAGCAGCAUUGACCAGCGAAACUCAAAGCAUAAAACCUAAAGACGCCAAGCCAGCAGCAUUGACCAGCGAAACUCAAAGCAUAAAACCUACAGACACCAAGCCAGCAGCAUUGACCAGCGAAACUCAAAGCAUAAAACCUAAAGACACCAAGCCAGCAGCAUUGACCAGCGAAACUCAAAGCAUAAAACCUAAAGACGCCAAGCCAGCAGCAUUGACCAGCGAAACUCAAAGCAUAAAACCUACAGACACCAAGCCAGUAGCAAAAGCUGCAGAUACAGAAGCAAAGAUAACCACCACAACACCAGCACCACCACCAGUUACGUCUGUGGCAGCUCCUACAACAGCUAAGAGCACUACAGUUACCACUACAACAACUAGGAGGACUACCACAACCACUACAACAACUGCCAAACCAAAACCCAAAAAACCCCCAGUUCUCCUCACCACUAUCCUUACAGCAACCGAAGCGAAGAUUUUGAAGGAAGAUGACUUGCUACCAACGCGACCUGGUUAUGAAGACAGUUCUCCCACCACCAUUAUAGAUAUUGACCUUUAUGAUGAUGAUUAUCUGGGUUUGCAGUCACCCAUUGACCGGGAGCAGAUGAGCAAGUUGAAUGACAUAAAUGCCAAGAGUGAGCUUAUUGACGACAUGGACAAAGGUGAUGACCUGCCCGACACCAAAGAGGAGGAGAGAGCAGAGAAGAUUGCAGUCCACAUCAAGGACACCUCCUUUUACGCUUCUGAAGACAACGACUCCCACUUCUUUUUCCACCUGUUGAUCAUUGCCUUCCUAGUUGCCAUUGUGUACAUUACUUACCAUAACAAGAGAAAGAUUGUCCUGUUGGCUCAAAGUAGACGAUGGAGAGAUGGCUUUUGCUCAAGGAGUGUGGAAUAUCACAGGCUGGACCAGAAUGUUCAAGAUGCCAUGCCAUCACUCAAAAUGACAAAUGAUUACAUUUUCUGAACCAGUUGGACAAACGUGUAAUGUUCUCUUUUAGUGU